UAGCCAAUCAGGGGGAGGCGCCCGCCCCGCCUGUCCCGGGACUGGCGGGGCCGGGCAGCCCAGUGCCCAAGUCGCCCGGGGUGGCAGUUCCCGUUAACCUUAACCACAAAGUCAAGACGGCAGGGCAAGCGCUGCUGCCCGGGAGCCUCCGCCGAUGGAGUGUGGCCUGGCUGGCGCGAGCACAGGAGAUGGGCUGGUGAUGAAGAUCAAGCCAGAGAAGCCAGAGUGGAUGCUGCAGACGCUGGUGCCACAGGCCGAGCUUUCCGAGAAGGAUAAGGAAAACAUCUUCCAGCAACAUCGGGGCCUCCCGCCAUGCCAGACCAUGGGGAAGCCUCGGGCCUUGGGACAGGAGGAGACUGGGGGUCCAAGGUGGGCCCCUCCCACUGAGCAGGCUGGGGGGCUGGCAGGCCGGGCUCUUUCUGCCGGCGAGGGUCACUUUGUGUGCCUGGACUGCGGGAAGAGGUUCAGCUGGUGGUCGUCCUUGAAGAUCCACCAGCGCACGCACACCGGGGAGAAGCCGUACCUGUGCGGCAAGUGCGGCAAGAGCUUCAGCCAGAAGCCCAACCUGGCGCGUCACCAGCGGCACCACACGGGCGAGCGGCCCUUCUGCUGCCCCGAGUGCGCGCGGCGCUUUAGCCAGAAGCAGCACCUGCUCAAGCACCAGAAGACCCACUCGCGGCCCGCCACCCACUCGUGCCCCGAGUGCGCGCGCUGCUUCCGCCACCAGGUGGGCCUCCGCAUCCACCAGCGCGCGCACGCCCGGGACCGCCAGGGCGCCCGCCCCUUCAUCUGCAACGAGUGCGGCAAGAGCUUCUCGUGGUGGUCGGCGCUCACCAUCCACCAGCGCAUCCACACGGGCGAGCGGCCCUACCCGUGCCCCGAGUGCGGCCGCCGCUUCAGCCAGAAGCCCAACCUGACGCGGCACCGGCGCAACCACACGGGCGAGCGGCCCUACUUGUGCUCCGCGUGUGGCCGUGGCUUCAGCCAGAAGCAGCACCUGCUUAAGCACCAGCGUGUGCACCGCGGGGCCCUGGCGCCCACCCCCAGCGCCAAGGACCAGGCUCUUUAUCCCAAUCAUCGCACCCUGUUUCUGUUUGGGGGUCUAGGUACCAGAAUGGUGUCGGGGAGACCAGGUCGUCGGCGAGUUAGACCUCCCAGCCUCACGGGGCUGCUGUGCGGCUGCGGCGACGCUGGUGACUGCGGCGCUGCGGCGGAGACGGAGGGGCUCGGGAGGCGGCGCCACGUGAGUCCGGGGCCGCCGGGGCUGGGGCCGCGGCGGGAGAUUACCGUAUUUAUCGAGGCCGAGCUGGCGUCCCCGGGGGGCGGGUCCCCUGCGGGGGACGGGGAGGAGGGUCUGGGGGACGAGCGAGGCCUGGUCAUCCACCACCCCGCGGAGGAGCAGCCUCACCGCUGCCCACUGUGCGGCCAGACCUUCUCGCAGCAGCCCAGCCUGGUGCGGCACCAGAAGGCGCACGCUGGGGUGGGCCGCGCGGCCGCCUUCGUGUGCCCCGAGUGCGGCAAGGCCUUCAGCGUCAAGCACAACCUCGAGGUGCACCAGCGCACCCACACCGGCGAGCGGCCCUUCGCCUGUCCGGAGUGCGGGCGCUGCUUCAGCCUCAAGCAGAACCUGCUCACGCACCAGCGCAUCCACAGCGGCGAGAAGCCGCACCAGUGUCCGCAGUGCGGCCGCUGCUUCCGCGAGCCGCGCUUCCUGCUCAACCACCAGCGCACGCAUGCGCGCAUGCCCGCGCCGCACCCGCGCCGC